GUCGCUUGGGCACGUCGAAAGUGAAAGUGUGUUGUCGUCAAUCUUUUUUUCUAGAUGGAGGACACCGUGCAGGAUGGCGAUGUUGACGGCAGGACUUCCUCUGUCCCUGUGGCCCUGGACCAAGGCCAGCUGGACAUAAUUGGCCAGCGAGUAGACAAGUCCUUGUCCUUCCUAGAGAGGGUCAAGGCGCAAUGUCGAUUUUCAGGUCCCAGGGUAGCCAGCGUUCUACUAGGUUGUUUUCCUGUGCUGUCAUGGCUGCCUCACUACUCCAUCAAGGAGAGCGCCAUCAGAGACUUGGCGUCUGGCCUGAGUGUGGGCAUCAUGCAUCUGCCACAAGGUAUGGCCAACGCCAUGUUGGUAGGCGUUCCUCCAGUGUUUGGCCUCUACACGUCACUCUACCCGCUCGUCAUCUACGCCAUAUUUGGCACUUCGAAACAUCUCUCUUUGGGAACGUUUGCCGUCCUGGCCAUCAUGAUCGGGUCCGUCCCAGCCGUGGUGGAGUUGCCGAGCAGCGGUGCUGAGGCAGCUAAAGUCAACUUAGUCGUCCAGCUUACGUUAAUCUGCGGACUCAUACAGCUUCUACUUUAUAUGCUGCGCUGCGGGGCUGUGUGUCGCUGGUUGUCUGACCCCGUCAUCGGAGGCUACACUACAGCUGCCGGCCUGCAUGUGAUCGUGCUGCAGCUGCCCCUCAUGACUGGAAUAUCUGCACGGCGACACAUUGGAGUGCUGGCUGCUGCUUGGACUUUAAAAGACAUCCUGUACGGAAUGACCAGCGUGACACCUGGAACUCUGUCAGUCUCUUUGGUUGCUAUGGCGACACUCAGUGCGGGCAAGAUGCUGAAUGAGCGCUUUAAAAAUAAGCUGCCUGUCGCCAUACCUUGGGAAGUUCUACUGAUUGCCUUGGCCACUGUCACGUCUGUGCAGAUGGACCUGGCUGGACAACACGCAGUCCAGGUGGUUGGAGACAUUCCCAGUGGCCUGUCCGCCCCCAUCCUGCCCUCCCUCUCCAAGGCCAGUGAGCUCUUCAUCCCAGCUCUGUCGGUCGCUGUGGUGGGCUUCAGCUUCCACACAGCCCUGGGAUCGGUGUUUGCACGCAAACAUGGCUACCACUUUGACUCCAGUCAGGACCUGCUGGCUCUGGGUUUGUGUAACUCCAUAGGAGCCACCUUCCAGUGUUUUGCUGUCAGCUGCUCCUUCUCACGCAGUAUGGUGCAGGAAAGCAUUGGGGUCAAAUCCCAGAUGUCAGGCUUGGUAUCAGCCAUGACCAUUUUAACCGUUUUGCUAAAGAUUGGUCAUCUCUUUGAGCAGCUGCCAAAGGCCGUGUUAGCAGUGAUCAUUGUGGUCAAUCUGAAGGGGUUACUUGCUCAGUUUAAAGAUGUGUUUACGCUCUGGAAGACUGACAAAUUUGACCUGCUAGUGUGGGUGGCAUCACUGAUUUCAACCCUGGUCCUAAACCUGGAUGUUGGUCUGGGAGUAGCCAUCGUCUUCUCUCUGCUCACGCUCAUAUACAGGACACAACACUCCUCCACUGCAGUGUUGGGUCAAAUUCCUGGUACGGACUGUUACGGAGACAUGCAACUUUACACGGAGGCAAAGUUAAUUCCUGGCGUCACCAUCAUUUCCUGUCCCAACCCACUUUAUUUUGCUAACUGUGCACUGGUCUUCAGUGGGAUCAAACAGAUAGUGAGUCAUGUUGAAAAGGACAACGCAGAGGUCGUCCAAACGUCAUGCUCCCAGUUACUGACACACCGUCACUGCUUGGUUCUGGAUCUCAGCGCCGUCCACUUCAUGGACUCUGUUGCCAUGACGAAACUUUGCGAGUUUGUGCACCACUUGGAAGCCCAAGGUAUCAGUGUGUUUCUGGCUUCCUGUCCAGAGAGCCUUUUAUCCCAGCUUCGCCAUCAGGCCAUCCCGUUCAGCUCCUCCGUCUUCCCCUCCGUACAUCACGCUGUCAACCGUUGUCUCAACACCCGGCACGUCCUUCUUGAGGUGUGCUCGAAGCUCAUCGAGCCACAGUACUACCCACAGUAG